AUGUCAAAUGAAAACAAAUACAAGAGGUUCUUUAGCUCAGUAAAACUAUGUCCAUUGUAUACUGUGAGUGUUUCACCACUCAAACCUGCAAUCGGAAGUACAUUCACCCUCAACUGUUACAUACCCAAUCCAAGUGGGUUUACUGUGAAGUGGUUAAAGAGGAAUGAUACUUCAUCUCCAGCUGUAGAUGUAGUAACAGCGAAUAAGUUGGGAUGCCAUGCUCCAAGUAACCCACGCUCCAGUUGGAGCAGCUGUAGUCCACCAAGCAUCUCAUCACCAACAAAGACAUUCAAUCUACAAGUCACCGAUGCUCAGCCUUCUGAUUCUGCUUACUGGAUUUGUACGGAUAUUGGUCUAAGCUGCGACAGUAACCCAGUCAAGCCAGUGGUGCAAGCGCCCCCAGGCACGCCACAGAUCACCGGUUUCCCAUCUGGACCAGUCAUUGCUGGAGCACAGCUCAACUUGAAGUGUGUGGCCUCGCCUCCUGGAGAUACCUACGAUUGGUACAAAGAUGGUACAAAGGUUACAACAUCAUCGAGUUACGACUUCCAAGUGACAAAAGAGAGUGCUGGUGUUUACAAAUGUGUGGCGAGAAAUGAUGUCGGGUUUGGUCCAAGUAGUGACAAGACAUUAGUCGUUUAUUACAAACCUGAUUCCGUGGUCGUGUCAUCGGGAAAGACCUCGUCCUAUGCUGGGGAGAAGGACAAGUUCACCUGCACAGUCUCUGGCGGCAACCCGACCCCGACCGUGAAGCUCUAUUUCAAGAGGUCAGGCGGAACACCAGUAGAGGUCACCCAAGGUCAAGACAAGGUGAUGGCUAAAGAAGACAACCAGGCUGAGUACUACUGCGAGGCGAAGGUCACUGGGUAUCCCGCCCUCGAUAUGACUUCAAGCAGGAAGACAUACAGCGUAAAAUUUUCAAACACCAAGGUUUCGUUUCUCAAUAACCCGACCGCUGCUGUCCAGGUUGGUCAGGAAAAGAAGUUCACAUGUGAGACGGAUGAGAGUAACCCAGUUACCUACAUCAAGUGGUAUCAACAUAGUACUGGUUCUUCGUGGCGAAAUGUCACAACCGGAAUAUCAUCAUCCGAGAGGAAUGGUGCGUAUGGUGGAAAGAUCAGGAUCAGUGAGUGGUCUGUAACUGCAACAAAGGCAAUGAAUGGUGCAACGAUAAGAUGUGCGUCCAUCUACUCCCUGACUGGUCAUAAGUCUAUGACGAAUGCCGAUACUACAAUGUAUGUAAAAUUUCGCCCAUCAAAGAUAACUAUGCCAAAGAGACCACCAGCUGCGAUCCACGAGGAGAACCCGAUCAUGAUCAUCUGUGAGACAGACAGUGCCAACCCAGUAGCGAAUAUCCAGUUUCACCGGAAGAGGGCAGGGGGAAUCUGGGAGCAAUUGACAUCGGGGAUAACAUCUGUAGUUAGCGCUGCAAAAUACAAUGGCAGGAUUCGGCAGAGUACUCUGGUUGUGACAGCCAAUAGGUCGGACACACACGCUGUGUUUAAAUGCGAGGUUCGUGAGGGUUCAUUCCAGAUCGAACAGAUAACUACAGUUAAUGUAUAUUUUCCAGCAACCGCCAGAUUGUCAUCAGUCCCAACUACAGUGAAAGAAGGUGAUACUGUCACAUUGACGUGUAAAGCAAGAGGGGGUAACCCGACAUCGUACACCUACAUAUGGUAUUAUAACAUGUUACAGAUACUGAAUAUGACUUCAAGACAAUACAGAAUAUCAUCAAUCCAGUACAACGGAAGUGGGCAAUAUCGCUGUCGUGCGGUCAACUAUUCUCCAGGUGGCAUAGCUGAUGCAAUAUUGAAAUUGGAUGUUUUAUACAGAGCAAAAUGGGAUCCCAGUCUGCCGAGACUCCUCACCGUUUUUAGCAAACCAGGAGGACCAGCCAGGCUUACACUCAACGUCAUCGCCAACCCACGACCAACCAAUGUCACCUGGUAUCACCCAAAUCACAAGAUGGCAAAUGGGGAAAACUUCAUCCCCGCGGAAGUAAAUGGGAUAUAUACACUGAGCAAGGGAUCUGUAGGGACUCAAGACUAUGGAAACUACACCGUCAAAGUGACUAAUCCCGUUGGAAUGUCAUCUUUUGUUUUUGAACUUCUCAGCGGAGCUGCUCCAAAUGCCCCGACCAUUAAGAUCACCCGUAACGGGAGACUGGUGACGGUCGUGUUCGGGGCGCCGAUUCGGGAGUACACAGGUUUCCAGCUGAAGUUCUGUGGGCCAGGUCAGGCACCAAAAACAACAGGCUGCAGCGCGAUUCGCUUUAUCAACCAGGGACCAACGAAGUCAACUUACACAGCCAGUGUGACAAACGAGACCACGAUCUAUGUUUUCUACAUGGAUUUUUAUGUUGGAGAUGAUGUUGUUUAUAGUUCUGGUCAAGUGCAUCCUAAACAGGCCGUGCCUGCUGGAAGUAGUCCUGAUGGUGGCAUGAUAGCUGGCGUUGUUGUAGCCGUCGUCAUAGUUGUAGCUGUGGUGGUGGUGGUCGUCGUCCUACAUAGGAGGAACAUGGCAUGCUUCGCUGGUCGAAAUAAACCCGAUGACUCAAAUCAUGAUGAUGGGAAAACUGGCAAAACGGAAGCUGAUCCAGUUUUUCAUGACCCUUUAUACAUGAACGUCGUCAACAGGGCAUUUGAAGGUGGCGAUACUCCACAUGAACCGGUUUAUGUGAAUUCUCCUCAACAGAAUCCCGUGAAAGACGGCGGUGAAAAUCCGUAUGACGAAAUGGAAAAUCCAUAUGCUGACUUGAACAUCACGCCUGAUGUGAUCGCAAGCCAGACGUAUGCUGAAUUGAAAUAUUGAAAAUCGAGACGGAAAAUGAAAGAAGGUUUCACGACUGU